GAACAAUUUAAAUUAAUAUUAUGGAUAAUUAGUGUAAAUAGAUUUUACACUGCAGUUAACUUUUUUAAAUUAUGGAUCAUCUACCAUAAGAAUGCUACUGCUUGGAUACGGCCAAUUCAUGCGCCAUUUAGCUGUGACAUAAUUAAGGAAAAUAUGUUCGAAACCUAAUUACAAUAUUAAUUUACUUAUUUUAGGCACUAUUUGUAUUCAUUUCAUCAUAAAAAUAUGGAAUAAAAAGUGAAUCUUUAAAUAUUGUGAAUUAUUUUUUUUUUAAAGCGAAAUGUUUUGAAAGCGUCCUCGUAGAAGUAAUGAGGCUACAUACAGACACUGAGACAGUACAUAAAUUGUCGAGGAGUCUAAAUUAUAUAAAAGUAUCAAAUUGUCAAAUAUAAAACAAAAUGGUUUGUAAAAAAAGUGUUUAAUUAUCAAUUAAAUUAUCUCAGAAAAAAUGCGCAGUUAUAAUAUAGUCUCAGGUGAAGCAGAAAUAUGUUGUUUUUUAAAAUGAUCAUGAUUUGAUUAUGACAUGACAUGAUGAUCAGAUGGUGACAUUUCUAAGAUUAAGAAUGAGGAAUUACUUAGACAUUAGAUUUUUUAAUUAGAUUUAUUAUUUAAGUAGCAGUAGAUUAAUUAUAUUUGUAAGAUAUAGUUAAUUAUGACAUGCAAUGGUAAAAGCCAAUUCGAAAAUUGCUUGGCUGGCUCAAUGACAAUCUUCCUCUUUGCCCUCACUUCACCCUUCCCUAGACUUGGCUUGGGCCAGCAGAAUCAACUCCCAACUCUUGCAGUUGAUAUUUAAACUUUAUUCAACUCAGUAUACCAAGUUUACUUACUGUGUAGGAAUAGACUGCCAACAAUGUUCUCUUUAAGCUGCGCGGACUCCCAUCUAACUCACAGAAGCCGCACAGCAAUUUUGAGUAUCCGCGCAGCAAAUUUCCCUUUAUGUGUGUUUGUGGGCUGUAAAAUUUUGCACACAUAAAAGUGAUGCUGUAAAACUUUGCACACAACUAUAUGAUUUUGCACACGAAACAGCAAACCUUAGAGGGAACAUUGACUGCCAAUAUUAUCAUAUUAGAUAGAUACUUAUUAAUGAGAGUUACAGUAUUUAGAGAAUAAAUAUAGUUCUUGAUGUAGUUGGUAUAGGCAUAGACUUUUAGACUGGACUGACUGUAGUCUGUACUAAUUACAUGUAAGUUAAAGUUUGAAUAGAAUUAUUAGAGUAUAGUAUAGUACAGGCCUGCACAACUCAAAAUGUAAGUGGGCCGUAAUACUUUAUGAAAAACUUGUGCAGCCAAAAGAAAAUAGGACAGGACUUCUUUGGGCCAAAAGAAAAAGGACAAAGAGGGAAAGCUAUUGGAAAAAAUCAAAAGAAUAAGCAAUAUUUCAUUACUUCGCGGGCCGCAAAGUGGGUGCUGGCGGGCCGUAUGUUGUGCAGGCCUGGUAUAGUAGAUAGUAUAGUAUGAUAGUGAAAAGGAUAUAGAUAUAAUUAUAUUAUGAUAUUUUUUAAUCAAAAUUAAAAUAUUUUGAAUAAUAAAUACCUAGCCUAUAGUCUAUAGUCCCUAUUACUUAUUACUAUAGUCAGGGCCGGGCCUAACAAUUGCAGGGCCCUAUGCGAAACGGAUUGCGCGGGCCCAGUCUGGGUAGGGCUAAGGAUAAUAAGUAAAAAUUAAGAUUUUGUAUUAGAAAAAAAAGUGGGGGGCCCACUGCGGCGGCAUAGGUUGCAGUGGCCUAAGGCCGGCCCUGACUAUAUUAUAGUAAUAGUAUAGUAAUGGAAGUAUUAGAAUUUCAAAUAGAUUUUUUAUUUGAAAUUGAUAUCAUAAUAGUUUUAGAGUAUAUGAAACCUUGUAUUUGGAUGAUCCUUCUCACUGAAGCAGUCUAUAUUUAUUUCAGAUUUCACUUUAAGCUUAUUAAAGUUAAAAGGUGUUUUUUCAGAAUUUUUAAGACUCUAAAUGCAGUUUUUAUAAAAACAAUUAGAAAAUUUCACUCAAAAUCACAGUAUGGCAAGCUAUUUGUAGACAAACAAAAGCACACUUAAUAAGUUAAGCAUAUAAGUAUAACAGAUCUCUGUAAGGCAAGGUAAAUCCAAACAUGAUGCAAUUACAUUUACAGUUUAUGGAGUAGUUACGAAAUGGCACAGACAAAUUUUGAAAUAUAUUCAGAAGCCAGCAGCUAAUCUUCAAGAGCAAACAUUUUUGCAUUAAAAAAUUAUUUAUUUAUUUCAAAAUUCAUGCACAUGUAAAAUUGAUUUGACCCAAGCUCCCUAUUUUUAUCUGCCCAAUAUUGUUUUAUAACCAUUUUACAAAAAAAUUUACGAUCAGUAAUAUGCCUACACAUUUCUCUAUGCAUUAUUUGGUAAUGUAUGUUUACAGGUGUCUUAUUUUUUUUUUUUUAGCAUCAUAUUGUUCAAAGUUAGUUAUUUCAUGGAUGAAAUCAAUUCAGGAAAGAUCAGUUCAAAAUUAGGCAAAUUAUAUAAAUGUACACUAUUAACUAUGGCCGACAUUAAACACAAAAAAUCAAGGAAGAAGAAAAAGUCCAGGAAAGGCUCAGAAAAACUUGAAGUAAUUCAAGCUACUAGUGAUGAAGACAAGGACCAACUAGAGGUAGAUGGAUUUUCAGCACUUGAAAAACAUUGUACCGGUAAGUAUGGAAAUUGAAAUUGCUAUUUACACAUAAUUAAAAGGUCAGACUUCACAAGCCCUAACACCAGAUAUAUACUAAGCUAGGAUUUUUUGUGACAGUUACUGGUCAACUUCUUUUUUCUAUGGCAAUACUAGAAAUUAAUCUUUUUAAUAAGUAUUAAGUUAAAAAUCCAAAUUUAUUUUUUAAAAUAAUUUCAACAUUGCUGGAUUUGACAUUCAUAUAACUCUGUUUCUAAUUCAUUAUUUCUUUUAUUUGUCAACAGGUGUUGUACAUACUAACCUUGAAGUUAAUGACAGAGUUACAAUGCUCCCAAAGAUUUCAAACCCAAUAUUAAAUAGGUCUUCAAGCUGCUCAUCUUCAUCAUCUGACCCAGCUAAGACAACGAAGCAUUCAGAAGAAGUCAAACAUGAAAAAACAGCAGUGGCCAAUGAAUUCUCCGAUGUAGUUUCAUUGACACAUACGCUCAGUGCUGUCACCAUGAAGCCAAAAUCAAACAAUGGUCACCGCAGCAGACUGGGAGGUAAUAAACAUUCAAGAGGUAAUAAAGAAAAGCUACUGUCAGCCCAGACAACUGCCAAGGCAAAAUCCAGUAUAAUACUUUCAUUUCCCAGCAAGAAUGCAAGCCAAAUAAACCUUAGUGCCAAAUCUCUUGAAAGCCUUAGAUGGGACAAUAUUUUGGAUGAUUCUGAGGCAGAAAGAGAGAGGAUUCAAAUGUAUAAAAUAAACAGGAGAAAACGGUACCUUGCUGAAGCCCAAUCAAAAGGUUUAGGCUGGGCCACAAACUAUUCUACUAGUGCUCCAUUUCACAGUUCAGAUGAUUUUGCUUUAGAUAAUUCAAGGGCUGCACAGACUUCUCACACAGAUUACAGUCUCAUGAAAAGUCUUGGAAAUUCCAAAGCGCAUAGUUUGAUGUCUUCCAUAAUAGAGUGCUAAAAUAUAAUUUAAAAAAAAUAUUUUGGAGAAUUUGAUUUUAAAUUUUCCUGUUAUUUAGUAAAGUGCCUUAACAAAGGUUUUGAUAAGCUUAGUAUUCCUGUUUCAGAUAUUACUACCUAGCUAUGUUUGAUAUACUUCAUCUAUCAAAAUAGGUUGGACUUAUUUUAAGUUCUUUACAAUUUCAAAAUGACUGCAAAGGUAUGAACUGAAAUGUAUUAUCAAGACAUGGGUUUAACUAGCAGACAUUGAUUACAUCUCAAUGUAUUAGAGAAGUCAACGUUAAAUGAUUUUCGGAGCACUUUACCAAUAAAUUACAAAGAUUUGACCAUACACUUGCCAUCCAUCUAAACUAAUGUAAUAAAUACCAUAAUAUAUGUUAAGCAUUCAUUUUUUAAAUAUUUACUUUUUACCUUAAAAUAACCUUAAUUUACUAACAGGAUUUAUUAUAAAACUUUAUUCACAGGCAAAUAUCACUUAUUCACAAACAUAAGACCAGUUAGUGACUUAGACCUGCCAUUUUAUGAUUAGCUUUAUAUUUGUAUUAGAUAUAACUUUUUUGUGUGCAGAUGUGAAUUAGAAAAUCUUUGCAUUUGGUAUAAUAUGCUGAACAUUUCUUUAGCUUUUCUUUAUUGAUAAAUAUAAUAAAAGAUAAUAAAACUCAAGUAAUGCCAAAAGUUUCAGGGUACAUUUUGUUAUAAUUUGUAUCAAUAAUCUAUUUGGAUUGUAUAAAUUCAAGUACCGGGUACCAAAAUAAAAGCUUUGAAAACAAAAUCAUUAAAAAUGUGCUGUACUGUAUUUUUUAGAUCAGUUAUUUCGAUUAACUCACAAGUUAACUUAACCCCAGCAAUACCAGAAAAUAUUUCGGGCAACAAUAGGUAAUUGAGGGUAGUAAUGUACCCAGUGAAAUAAGUGGCAGCAACGUAUGGAUCCCCUGUUUCAAUUUGAACCGACAAUUUGAGAACGGAUCCUUCAGUUUAACCAGAAGCAAGAAGAGUGUAAAGCAGUUGAUUCUCCCAUUUCAUUAACUUGGAGAGAACAAAUGGCUGUCCCAUCUUAAUGUUGAAUUUUUUUAUUAUUAGUAAUUAGGGAUGUAUAAGGAAAUACUGAUUUCUAGUUUAAUCUCUUAUGACAUGUACAAUUAGCAACUAAUUGGUUUCUUGUUUUAGUGAUAUGGAAAAUAUUGUUCAUUUUUAUACAUCACAUCAUAUAGACGUAUUGUUAUAAUAAAUGAAAUUUUUAAAAUAUUAUUCACACUGUAUGGUACCGUUACACUCAUUUUUCAUUUCAUCUUUGUUAUGUUGAAUAGUCCUUGUCUUAUAUUCAUUGAAGAGUCCAUUAGCCAAUUGUUUGAAUCUGAUAGGCAUACAGGAUAUUUAAGUUUCUAUAAUCUUCACAUAUUAAAAUUCCUGUUAUCUCCUUUAAAAAUAUUACACCAAACUGGCAUAUUAUUCUUAAACUCUCGCAUACUAUAUUUUUUCUUUAAAAAUGUAUUAUCUUUUUUUUUUGGUAGGUGAGGGUUUUGGCAUUUAUAACUUACUUUCCCAAUUUCUGCUUAUAUUUUAGGGCAUUACGUUUAAAGAGGCAGUAAUUUUCCACUAAACAGUCACCAUUUUUUAAAUCCUCUGUAACAAUUAUAAGAAUAAUAUUAAAGUGAAAUUCAUUUAGAAGUUAGAAGUGAAGCAAGAUUAUGAAAUAAUCCUUUUUGCUGUUGACAAAUGUGUUUUAGUCAUUUCACAUAGUUAGCCAUUCUAUUUUCCUUUGGAAGAAUUUUAAAGAAAGAGUUAUGUAUACAUGUGCGUGAAUUUCACAUCUUUUUCUCUACAAAAUAUGAGUACAGUAAAGUAAUUCUAUGAUACAAUUUUACAUACUAAAACAUUUUAUCGCAUGUGUUAAAGACUUUAUGAUGUACCAUAUAUUUUGUU